GCUGCCGGCGCCCCUCGCAGGGGCCGCUGUGUGCGCUGCAGCCGCAGCGAGCCGCUGCCCGCAGCCCGAUGUAGGUUAGCGAGGCUGGGGGGCGAGGUGGGUGCAGGGCACAGCCCCUCCGGCACAGCCCGAGCUGAUUUUCCUGCUCCUGGGGGAUCCCUGACCCCCGGCAGCCUCGGAGAGCCGCGCUGCCCGCCCUGCUCGCUCAGCAUCCCCCAGCACCGCAGAGCCCCCGAGCCGAGCGGGGCUCGGCCGUGCUGCAGCCGGCUGUGGAGCACUGCGGGCACGGGAGGGCUGGGGCAGGUGUAUCAGCGUCAUGGCCCCGGCUCGCUGCUGGCCCGGCCUCUGGGGCUGUGCUGGAAGAGCCCGGAAGGUGAAAUGAUGAGCCGAGGAAGGCAGAGAAGGAAUGGCAGCAGCAGGGCCCCCUCCCUGUUGUGUUAAGGCUCUCCCAGCAAGCCCGGGGGGACGCCAGGCACUGUCUGAGGGUCUGAUGCACCCAGGGCUGCUCUGCCCCAGGAGCAUGUCAUGCUUUGUCCAGGAAGCCGGCUGGAAUCAUCUGCUUGUUUAGGAUUUCAUACCUGUGUUCCCCAAGGCCAGGGCAGGGCUGGUUCCUGGUGAGUCCUUGGGGACACCCAGGCACAGGGCAGGACAUCAGCUCUGCCUCCUCCCAUCCUGCACCCACCGGCACCGGGGCAGGGCCCCCCGGGGCUGGGGGAGCUGAGCCGGACCGAGCUGCAGGAGGUGCAUCAAUUAUUGACUGUGGAGCUGAAGCAAACCCUGCCGCUCCUCGCCCUGAGCCCCGGGGCGCAGGCUCGGCCGGCUCCAUCCUCGCAGCCAGAUGUGGGUGCCGGCCCCAGCUGGGCGGAGGGGACAGCGGAGCCAGCAGGAGCAGCAGGGCCAGGACUCGCUGUGGGCUGGUCCCCGCAGUGCCUGGCAGAGGAGCCGAGCCCCGUGCGCUCCCCACAGAGCGGCAGGAUGGCGGAGAAGGGCAUGGAUCCCGCCUGCGUCUCCAUCGCCCUGGAGGACACGGUGUGCCACGCCGGCCCUCCCGACGCCCCGCUGCUCACCACCCACUUGAAGAAGGUGGAGAACCACAUCACAGAGGCGCAGAGGUUUUCCCACCUCCCCAAGCGCUCGGCUGUCAACAUCGAGUUCAUCGACCUGUCCUACUCCGUGCGGGAGGGAUCCUGGUGGAGGAAGAGAGGGUACAAGACUCUCCUCAAAUGCCUGUCAGGGAAGUUCUGCCAGCGGGAGCUCAUUGGGAUCAUGGGCCCCUCGGGAGCCGGGAAAUCCACACUCAUGAACAUCCUGGCUGGCUACAGGGAGACUGGCAUGAAGGGGCAGAUCCUGGUGAACGGGCGGCCGCGGGACCUGCGCACCUUCCGCAAGAUGUCCUGCUACAUCAUGCAGGAUGACAUGCUGCUGCCACACCUCACCGUGCUCGAGGCCAUGAUGGUCUCUGCUAACCUGAAGCUGAGUGAGAAGCAGGAGGUGAAGAAGGAGCUGGUGAACGAGAUCCUGACGGCCCUGGGGCUGCUGGAGUGCUCCUACACCCGCACCAGCUCCCUGUCGGGGGGGCAGCGCAAGCGCCUGGCCAUCGCCCUGGAGCUGGUCAACAACCCGCCCGUCAUGUUCUUCGAUGAGCCCACCAGUGGUCUGGACAGUGCCUCCUGCUUCCAGGUGGUGUCCCUGAUGCGCUCCCUGGCUCAGGGCGGGCGCACCAUCAUCUGCACCAUCCACCAGCCCAGCGCCAAGCUCUUUGAGAUGUUCGACAAGCUCUACAUCCUGAGCCAGGGCCAGUGCAUCUUCAAGGGCGUCGUGACCAACCUCAUCCCCUACCUGAAGGGCCUUGGCCUCCACUGCCCCACGUACCACAACCCCGCUGACUUCAUCAUCGAGGUGGCCUCAGGGGAGUACGGGGACCUCAACCCCGUCCUGUUCCGCGCUGUGCAGAACGGGAUGUGCACCAUGGCCGAGAAGAAGAGCAGCCCUGACAAGGCAGACUCAUCGUGCCCCACGUGUGGGACGGACGUGGAUCACAUCGAGAGCCACACAUUUGCCACCAGCACCUCAACUCAGUUCUGCAUCCUCUUCAAGAGAACCUUCAUCUGCAUCCUACGGGACACGGUGCUGACCCACCUGCGCUUCAUGUCCCACAUCUGCAUCGGGGUGCUCAUCGGGCUGCUCUACCUGCACAUCGGCAACGACGCGGGCAAGGUCUUCAACAACACCGGCUUCCUCUUCUUCUCCAUGCUCUUCCUCAUGUUCGCUGCCCUCAUGCCCACCAUCCUCACCUUCCCCCAGGAGAUGACCGUGUUCCUGAGGGAACACCUGAACUACUGGUACAGCCUCAAAGCCUAUUACCUGGCAAAGACCAUGGCAGACGUGCCCUUCCAGGUGAUCUGCCCCAUCGCCUACUGCAGCAUUGUGUACUGGAUGACGGGCCAGCCCCCCGAGGCCACGCGCUUCCUGCUCUUCUCUGCCCUGGCCACCGCCACCGCCCUGGUGGCCCAGUCCCUGGGGCUCCUCAUCGGAGCUGCUUCCACUUCCCUGCAGGUGGCCACCUUUGUGGGACCUGUCACUGCCAUCCCCGUGCUGCUCUUCUCGGGCUUCUUCGUCAGCUUCAAGACCAUCCCCACCUACCUGCAGUGGAGCUCCUACGUCUCCUAUGUCAGGUAUGGCUUCGAGGGGGUCAUCCUCACCAUCUACGCCAUGGAGCGCGAGGACCUCGAGUGCCUCGAGGACUUCUGCCCUUUCCAAAAGCCCAUCAAGAUCCUGCAGGAGCUGGACGUGGAGGAGGCCAAGCUCUACCUGGACUUCCUCAUCCUGGGCAUCUUCUUCGUCAUCCUGCGGCUCCUGGCUUACCUGGUGCUCAGGUACAAGGUCAAAUCUGAGAGAUAAGGGGGCCGUGGGGCCCCGGUGCCGCUCCCGG